GCUCGGCUCACUGGCGCAGAAGGGGCCGGGCUUGUAGGAGCCGCAUCCCUGAAGUCAGGCUGGGAGGACGGGCCGGGGCCAUGCUGGGCAAGGACUACAUGUUAGCUAUCAUCUUGGUCAACUGCGACGAUGACUUAUGGGGUGACCAGAGCCUAGAGGGAGAGCCAGGGUUACCUCCUGGGUGGCGGAAGAUCCAUGAUGCUGCUGGCACUUAUUACUGGCAUGUACCCAGUGGCAGUACUCAAUGGCAGCGCCCAGUCUGGGAACCUGGGGAUUCUAUACCACCUGAUUCGGGCACAGAAGGGUCUUGGGGAUUACGACCCCCUAAAGGGAGAUCCUUCUCUAGCCUGGAAAGCUCACUGGACCGAAGGACUUCUCUACCCUGGUGUGGGGAAGAAGCCUACAUCCGAAACAUGGAACCAGGCUCCAAGUGCUUUGCAGUACGAUCUCUGGGCUGGGUAGAGGUGCCUGAGGAGGACUUGGCACCAGGAAAGAGCAGCAUUGCCGUCAAUAACUGCAUUCAACAGUUGGCACAGAGCCGGGGUCAAAGCCGUCCACCUGCUAGGGCCUGGGGUGAGGGUCAGAACAUGUUGAUGAUUCUGAAGAAGGACACAAUGAGUCUGGUGAAUCCCCUGGACCACAGCUUAAUCCACUGUCAGCCACUUGUGCACAUCCGAGUCUGGGGUGUGGGCAGCACCAAUGGCCGCUUCCCAACCCCAUCCCUGCCCCCUCACAGGGACUUCGCCUUUGUGGCGGGUGACAAGGAUACCUGCAUGUUGAAAUGCCACGUGUUUCGCUGUGAUGUUCCAGCCAAGGCCAUUGCCAGUGCCCUGCAUGGGCUGUGUGCCCAGAUUCUGUCAGAGAGAGCAGGGGUGAGUGGUGAUCCUCCUCGAUGUUCCCUGGACCCCAUCUCCCCUGAGGAUCUACCCAGGCAAGUGGAGCUUCUUGAUGCGGUGAGUCAGGCUGCCCAGCAGUAUGAGGCUCUCUACGUUGGGACCCUGCCAGUCAGCAAGGCCAUGGGGAUGGAUGUGCUGAAUGAAGCCAUUGGGGCCUUGACAUCCCAGGGGGACCAUCAUUCCUGGGCCCCAACUAUACUCAGCGUCUCUGACUCACUCAUGACUGCAUUGCCUGCCCAGGCAGAGCUGUGUGCAGAAGAGGAGCCAUUGUGGCAGUGUCCAGUACGACAUGUGACCUUCAUUGGUGUUGGCCAUGAUCCUCACACCUUCGGACUCAUUGCUGACCUUGGUCACCAACGGUUCCAGUGUGCUGCUUUCUGGUGCCAGCCUCAUGCUGGGGCACUAUCUGAGGCUGUUCAGGCCGCAUGCAUGGUACAGUACCAGAAAUGUCUUGUGGCCUCUGCUGCCCGAGGGAAAGCCCGGGGUGCCCAAGCCCGGGCUCGACUUCGACUCAAAAGGACAAGCUCUGUGGACUCUGCAGGAGGACCUUUGCCUCUCUCACUCCCCUUGCUCAAAGGUGGAGUUGGAGGUGCAGGGGCCGCCCCCCGUAAAAGAGGUGUAUUCUCCUUCCUUGACUCCUUCCGACUAAAACCCUCUUUACUGCAUAUGCCCUAGAUUGAGAUGGGAAAGGUUGGGAAGGGAGGCUUUGGGGGCCCUGCCAGCAAUUUCACACCACUCAUAUUCUAGGAGCCCAACUAGCCACCCUAACACCUCCCUAUUCUCACUUGCCCCUAUUAUCUAUGGAGUCUUCCUUACUUACCCCUCAUCUUCCUGCCUGGCCCAUCCCUAUCUCUUCUAUUAAUAUGUUAAUGAUUUAUAUUGAAUAUUUAUUAGCCUUCUCUGGGUUGACUGCAACCUCUGCCCCUAUCCCAGACCCAUUUCCCUCCUCAUUCCUGGUUCCUGUGACCCCUGUCCCUGUCCAGUCCUGGGCAGUUGCCUCUACCUCAGCAACACUUUUUAGCAAAAUCAAUGCAAAUAAAAUCUCAGAGUGGC